UCUCCGUGGCUGCAACAGACUUCUGUGGGGCAGCUGUUGGAAGUGAACUGCUGAAUCCUUUAGAGCAGAGUCAGUAAAUCUUCUCACCAGCCCAGGCUCAGUCACUAAGCUGGUUGGUCAGAGAGCCAUUUACGCGCUGGGGGGGGGAAUUACACUUCCAAGUCAAAUGCUGGCAUCGUGAGAAGAAGAAUCCGUCGGAUUUUCCACUCUUAAAUUCUGUGGGAAUAUUGUGUUUGACAGUUUCUGUGUACAGCUUCAGCUUAAGGCUGGAGGACAUCUCCUCGGGAUGAUGAAGAUAUUUUCACCUUGCUUCAUCAUGAUUAUUGUUGCGCUACUUGUCGCCACCGUCUCUGCCACCAAAUUAAACGUGCCACGGCUGAGACUGUCCCACAAAGACCUGCUGUCCACCAACAGGUCAUCCAUCUUCAGCGGUCACCAUGGCCACCUCUCUGUUACCGCCGUCUUCCUGGAUGAAUACCGUGACCGUUUAUUCCUGGGCGGGAAAGACGUCCUGUACUCUCUCACGCUGGGACCUGUUAGCAGUGAAUCGAAAGAGAUCUUCUGGCCUCCGUUACCCGGCAACAGAGAAGACUGCAUUCAGACAGGGAAGGACCCACAGACAGAGUGUGCCAACUUUGUUCGCCUGCUGCAGCCCUACAAUCGUACGCACCUCCUGGCUUGUGGCACUGGCGCCUUCCAGCCCAUGUGUGCCUUCAUCUAUGUGGGGCACAGAGGAGAGCACGUGUUCACAAUGGACCCUCUAAAUGUGGAAAAUGGAAGAGGAAGAGUUCCACAUGACCCCAGCUUCCCCUUCGCCAGCACCUUCAGUGGUGGGGAGCUGUAUACAGGACUGACAGCAGAUUUCCUGGGAAGAGACUCUGUGAUAUUCAGAAGUAUGGGUGGUCGCUCCACAAUGAGGACAGAGACUGACCAGAAACUCCUUCAUGAUCCCAAGUUCAUUGCAGCCCACCUCAUCCCGGAUAAUGAUGACAGAGACAAUGAUAAGGUGUAUUUCUUCUUCACUGAGAAGGCCACAGAGGCUGGAGAAAGAGAGGGGGCCAUACACACACGAGUUGGACGAGUGUGUGCGAAUGAUGUCGGCGGUCAGAGAGUGCUGGUCAAUAAGUGGAGCACCUUUAUCAAAGCCAGACUUGUCUGUUCUGUACCAGGACCUCACGGAAUCGAUACUCACUUCAACCAACUUGAGGAUGUUUUCCUGAUGAGGACCAAGGAUGAAAGGAACCCAGAUGUCUAUGCAAUCUUCAGCACCAUCAGUAAUGUAUUCCAGGGCUUUGCUGUGUGUGUUUACCGCAUGACUGAUAUCAGAGAAGUUUUCAACGGACCUUUUGCACAUAAAGAAGGUCCUGACUACCAAUGGGGUGCUUAUGAAGGCAGGGUUCCUUAUCCAAGACCAGGCGUGUGCCCCAGUAAAAUCAUCAACCAACCUGGCAGGGAGUUUGGGAGCACAAAGGACUUCCCUGAUUCAGUCUUGCAGUUUGCCCGCAACCACCCGUUGAUGUGGCGGCCGGUGUAUCCAGCCCUUCGUCGCCCUGUGCUUGUAAAGGCCAACAUUCCUUAUAAGCUGAAACAAAUAGUGGUGGAUCGUGUUGAGGCGGAGGACGGGCUGUAUGAUGUCAUGUUUAUUGGCACAGAUAUUGGUACAGUAUUGAAGGUCAUUGCACUAAACAAUGGAAACAGUCUAGAGACAGAGGAAGUCACACUAGAGGAGCUACAAGUCUUUAAAGUGCCAACUCCAAUUACAUCACUGCAUAUAUCCGUGAAAAGGCAAGCCUUGUAUGCAAGCUCUCCACUAGGUGUGGCGCAGGUGAAGCUCCAUCGCUGUGAGACUUACGGGAAAGCCUGUGCUGAAUGCUGUCUUGCCAGAGACCCUUACUGUGCAUGGGAUGGAUCGUCCUGUACGCGAUUCAUUCCCAACAGCAAACGACGCUACCGCAGACAGGACAUCAGACAUGGAAACCCUGCACUGCAGUGUGUGGAUCAGAAUCUCAGUGAAGACCUUGAUGUAACAGAAGACAGAGUGGUCUUUGGUACUGAGAACAACAGCACCUUCCUAGAGUGUGUUCCUCGCUCCCCACAAGCAACUGUCACCUGGCUGGUCCAACGUGAUGACCACAAGGAAGAGGUGAAGCUAGACGAUCGUGUGAUGUCCACGGAUCAGGGUCUCCUGUUUCGUAACCUUUUCCACCAAGAUGAAGGCGUCUACAUCUGCCGCUCUCGAGAGCACGGCUUCACGCAGACGUUGGCCCGCAUCACCCUCGAAGUCCUCCAAGGGGAGACCGUGGAUGAGCUCAUGUCGCGUGGACACACAGGAAACUCUGACUCAAUCAAAGACCGGUCUACAGGGACUUUCAGAGUCUGGAUGCCUUGCAGCGCCUACAGCAGGGGCGGUUCAUCAAGCCAAAUCGGCCAGUCGCGCAUAUGGUUCAAGGAUAUCAUGCAGCUCAUCGGGCCGUCGAACCUGCCGCACGUGGAGGAGUACUGCGAGAGGAUGUGGUGCAAUGACAAGCUGAGGAGGAAACACAAAAGCAUGAUAGAGAAGUACCGCCAAGCACAGGAGAGCGCCAGGAAGACUCGUAGCAAGAGCUCCGGUGAACGUAACAGGACGCCGCGGGAUCUAAGGGCGUGGGAGGAGUGACAAAAAGAAGGAGAGGAGUGGAAUAUGAGAGCAAAAAUGUAAAUGUGGGAAAAAAGACAAAUGUUAGUUCAGGACAAGAUAAAUAGACAGGCAUGAAGACCAGCCUAAUAGUUUUUUGUAAAACCAUGGUAGAUCAAAGCAGCGUGUCUCUUUUGCUCAUUUCAACAAAAUGAAUUUUAGUGUAUAAAGAAAAUUAGUGCAUUAAAAAAUUAGUGUAUAAAGAAUCUGAAAAAAAUGCUCAGAAUAUUUGACAGUCAUGUUGGAUGGAAGCACAACUUGAGCUGAAAAACUCCUGCAUGUGAAAGUGUAUGGGAAGUUUUGGGUAUUAUGAAGUUAGUGCAUAACCCGUGUGUUUCUGACUGUCCCCUGAACAAAGACCGAAGUGUUCACUUGUCUGGAAGGAUGGCACAAAAAGAGACUCCAACUGAACUGACCAGGUUGUUGCUAAUCCUGAUGUUGACAGUAGUUUAAAAAAAAGAGAUCAGAGACAAUUUUUCAACAACACUCUGAGGAUGCUUUUUAAAAUCUCAGUCACUGAGGAGUUGUCUGCCUUCCCCACCUUUGUUCUUUCGUAUUUCUAGUGUCACUGAUAUGGCAGGAAGUGUUUUGAUUUAAUCAACUUCUGUCUUCACUGAGAAAACAUGCAAAACUUCUCAUUCUCAGAUUUAAGUGACAUACACGUACCUGCGGGGUGAUUUUAGUUACAGCUGGUUUCCUGCUUUUCAGCCUCAUUGACUCUUCAGUGAUGGUUUGUGAUUUCUUGUAUGUAAUCAUUAAUUUUCUUUUGCAAAGCACACACACACACACACACACACACACACACACACACACACACACACACACACACACACACUCUCUCUCUCUCUCUUUUUUUGCAAGAAUUUCAUACGAUGCAGUUCACUGGAUUCAUUUCCUUUUUGUUUUACAUUUAAUGACCUGUGUCUCUUACCUUGCUUGUUAUUACAUAUUCAUGUUUGACUUCAGCUCAUAAAUGACUUUGCAGUAUAUUUGCAGAAGGAAAGUGCAACUUGUAAACAUGUUUAGGCAAUUGCUGUAUCUGAUCUUGGUCUGUCUGGCUCCAUUUGUGCCAAGUCUUACAUUAAUGGAAGUCUUUAAAUGCAUAAGCUCAAACCAGAAGCUACCAUAAGACGACUGUUGAUGGUUCAACAGAUUAAAAGCACAUGGCUUUAUUUUUAUUCCACUGGGUUGAACUUUCCAUUAAACAACAUGGUGGUUUAUUUUUCAUGAUUUUGGUUACAUGUCAUAACACCUCUUAGAAAGAACCCGCAUGAUACUUGUCUCUGAUAUUUACCUCUAUGAACUUUAUGCAUCUCAGUGCACUAAGUGCUCUCACUAAAGCUCCUUUUUAGUCCUUUCCAUCAAGCUAAAGUCACUGACACAUGUCAGCAUCGUGUCUGAAUGAGGACCCUGAUUUAUUUUGCCAUACAAAAAACAAUUAUUUUAAUAACCUCUUAAUUUAUGCAUUUAUUUUGUCUGUACAAAAUGACUUAGCAUUAUGCUUUCAGUUUGUCUGCGUGACAAUCUCAUAAACAUUUUCAAAUAGCUUUUUUUUUCUUUUCAAGUGCUAGUUAAAAGGAGCUAUUCAAGUCAAAAUUACAUAACUUGACCUCUCAGUGGGGGAUCCUGCCUCACACUUAAGCCACCCACUAACCUAAUUUUCCCACAGUUUCUCUGUGUGCUGAUAAUGGGGGAACAAUAGAAAGGGGUCAAGUGUAUUGGCUGGCUCCUCUUGUUUUCUGCAGUGUAAACACAAGUUUUAAGUGAAGCUUUGUUGUUAAAAUAUGAUUUAUGACUGCCGAAAAGAUUUUUUUCUAAAUUCGAGGGUGGAAAAGAGAAUAUAGGGUUGACAUCAUGGAACAGAGCACAUAUCUCAAGACAGGAGGAACUGACACUGAACAAACAUACUAGUCUGGAGAGGAGUGAAUUUCACACUCACGUUCGUCGUCCCUGUGUUGGUGUAGCAGUAAUGACGAGACCUCAGUCUCCCUCCAUCUCCCCCAGGUCCUCCUAAGGCUUCACUUUACUUUUGGUUUCUGUUGAGUGUUGUUUGAAAAACUACAAAUAUUGAAUAAGGUGAAAUAUAAACAUUAUAUUUUUGGAUAAAACACAUAGUUUCUGUUAGGAUUAUCAAAGUAUUGCGAUUCUGAUUCUGAUUAAAUAUUCAUGAACAAAAUGUAAAAAUCCAUCAUGACAAAACAAAAUCUGUUUGUUGAACUGAUGCGGGUGAGACAUGAGUGUUGGGAUGACUCCUCUGUUAACACUGGCCUCAUAUUUAUUCAGACUAUUAUCCAAAGACACCAGAUAUAUUCCUCAAGGCCAGUGAUCUCUUCAACAUAAACACUGUUUUGGGAGAUUUGCUUAAUAAUGAGAAAUGCUUUAAAAGAAGUGAAGUUCAGGAAAGACAAAAACUAAAUAACAGAAUGGCUAUGAAGCUGCACGUCGAUAGAAAUAAGAUCUUAGGAGCAUCUGAAGACACAGAGAUCUGGUAAAGAACUGUAUAAAAAGACCAGGUAAUCAAGUACGCUUAGUGAAAGGCAAUUCUUCACAAACACAGGGAGUGUGUGCUAUACGCAUAACGACAACAAUGCACUUAUUCUUAUAGUCCUUCCAGUAUUUACAGUUUAAAGGGAAGCUCUGUGGUCUGUGUCGAUGGCUUUUUAAGACAGAAAUGAAAUGAGUAAAGUGACAAAAGCAGAGAAAAAGAGUCACAGUGUUGUUAAUUAAAGAGGUACUACAAGCAUCUUAUGAAGGCUGUAUUUGGAAUUCCUAAGGAUCCUAACCCAUAUUAUUAUUUUUUUAAUACAUCAUUGUAUAAUAUUUCUAAAAUGUGACCCCCCAAACUCCAACCCCAGUUUUGCAGCAAAUGAUGAUUUUUAAUCCAUCCAAGCUUAUUUUCUUAGUUUGAGAGUAUGAGAAAGCCUAUUAAAUGACACCUAUUACUUGUGUUUUCUCUGUAAACUCUUCUUCUACUGCACUGUUAAUCUUAAAGAAAAUGACUAUAACAGGAUGGAAGAGGGUUUUUUUUUUUUCUCAAAGCUUCCUAUUUUAGUGUGAACGUUUUUCCUUUUCUUGUGUUGUGUCUUUUGUUUGAGCUUCUGCUUAUCUAAGUAAGGCAUGAAUUACUACCACUGCGACAUUUUUAAAAUGUAUUUAAGGUGUAGUCGAUUUGUAAACAUAGUAAAACUGUAUAAACAUGCAAAUUUCCAUCUAACAGUAACUGUCAGAGGAGAGGAAGAGGAAAUUGCCAAAAAAUAAAUGCUAAAACUUGCUUUUACUUAACUUAUACAUGAAAUUUAACAAGUAUGGACUCCAUAUUUACCGACAAAUGUGCCGUGACUGACUAAAUGCAGUUAUUUGUGCAUGGUUCAUAAACAAUGUAAAUCCAUUCAGUGCUUUUCAGAUUUGCACAAAGUGUGUUUUGUUAUUGCACGUGAUAUUUUCUAUUUUUAUCUUCUUAGGAUGAUGUUCUUAUAAUGUUCGCUUUCUAUAGCUAUCCCAUGCUCUCGACAUCAUUUCAUUUUCAUGUAAAACUGUUUUUUAAUGAUUAUAUAAAACAGCUGAUGGAUUGGUCAUUUGAUGGGGAUUCAAGCACCCGUUAAUAAUGUGAUACUUGUGUUUUAAGACAUCUUUUUCACAGUCUUCAUUCUGACAUGCAGAUAGAUGUAAAUGCAAAACUUUUCGUCCCAUUUUAUUUGAUGUAUAGAACCAUGGCAUAUAUAAAUGUCAUGGACUAUAACUAAUGCUGUUAAUCACACCUGUGUUUAAGCAGAAACAAUCUGUCAAAAUGAACCUUUCUGAGGCAGGAAGCUUGUUUCAGUGUUUACACCCUCUGGCAAAAAUUAUGGCAUCAUUGCAAGUGGAGGAUCUUCAUUCAACUCCUUUACCUUGUAGCAAAUAAACAAACUGUGCCACAAAACUGUUUUUGUUUAAUAGCGGAACAUGAAAGAUACCUCAAGCACAUUAAAUAAUUGUAAUUAAUGUAUUUAGUUUUUUCAAAAUCAAGUAGAGGAAGAGAAGCUGUUGCACCAGGCUGAUUGAAAGGAGGCAAGCCCCCAACAAGAGAGCUGUCAGUCGAAUCAAACUCAUUGCCAGAAGAAUCCAACACUAAGUGUGGCUAAAGAUGUUUGUUCCCAGUCAACCGUGCCUAUAACUUGGAGUAAGCACAAACCAAAAUGGGACAGUUCUAGGAGGAAAACAUGCGGGUAGACAGGAGAUGUCAAAGUGUCAGGAUAGAAAAUCAAAGCAGUACGCCCUGAAAAUGGAAAAUGUUCAAAGCUGUUAGCAAAUGGGCCAUAACAGAAGUCAAUGUUUGUGACAGAAUUAUAAAAAUGAAAACCAAAAGGAAAACCAACACUAACAUCUAAACAGAAACAAGGUUACAGUGAGCUAGAAAGAGAAAGAAAAGAAGCAAUCUUGGGACUAUGGAUGAUUGGAUGAAAGUGACCCCAGGGAUAAAUCACAAAGUCAGCCUACUGGGCAAGGAAAAGAUACCCUGAUGCUGUUCCACUGACACAUAUAUGAAGAUGACUGCUUGAUGAAAACAAGCAAACGUUACCAGAUAAAAGGCCCGGGGAAGAUGGCAAUCAUUACUUCAGCAAUAAAUGCAGAAGUGUACACUCAGAUUUUAGGACCCUUCUCAUCGGAAACCAGGUUUAGUGAUGAUAAUAAAGUCGUUUAUCAGGUUGACAGGGCCUCUUGCAAGAGCCUUAAGAAGUUAUAGAGCCUUAAAACCUUGAAUCAGAAAAGGCACAUUACCUCAGUGCUAUGGCCACAAAAAAAGGGUUAAGAUUUCAAUCUGACUGAAAAUUUAUGGUGAAAAACUGAGCUCAGCUGUUAUUUGAAAAAGUUGGAAUUAACCGGAUGGAGAGUAUUGCUUUUCAUUAGUGAGCUCCAUGCCUCAAACCAUUUGGGGCAUCAUAAAAGCCUGAGGAGGUACUAAAUUCAGAUGAUUUCCUCAACAGUGAUUCAAUUUUUUUCCCUCAACAUGAUCUUGAACAGAAAUGUCAUGUAUUAAAAUAGUUGAAAUUAAUUUGUUUGAGGUAUGAUUCAUGAAGCCAGAAUGUUCAGCUAAUGAAUAAAAUAGCUCUGUGUCAUAUCUGUGAUUUAUUAUUGUGCCGUGAUACCAUAGUUUUGCCGGGGGCUGUAGCUGCUCCUCCUGAAUUUGACAGAAGUCUGCACAUGCUCUGAACUCCACAGUUAAGGUGCAUUAAGAAACAAAAUGUGGUUUAUCAGUUGUACAACAGCAAAGACUGUAGUUCAGUAUCUACUACCUACAGUAUCUGUAAAGUUGCAGUCCAGCUAGCACAUAAUCAUUUUAAACCUGAAAGGUUCUUGAAGCAUGCUUUUGAUCGUAAGGAUUCUUCAGCUAAAAAUACUUUGCUUUGUGAAGUUUCCCAUUAUUAUGUGGUUUAAACAAGUGUGCUGGUUUUAGACUCUGGCAGAAAGAGUCUUAUUUAAAUGCAUAUUUAAAUACUAUUUAAAUGUCUUUCUACCCUGCAUGCUAUGAACUUGUAUGCUAUUUAACACAAUUAAAAGUUUUUAACAUCAGGUGA